GAGCGCGCCUGGCUCGGGCUCUGCUGGCUUCCUUUGUCUGCUGCUGCCGCCGCGCUCCCCUCCUCCCGCUCUCGGUACCUCUCUCCCUCCCGCCCCUUCGUCCUUCCCCCUCCCUCCCUUCCUUCCCCUCUCUCCCAGACUCCAAGCGCUGCUGCAGCUGCAGGUUUGUAAAUACUGGACCAACACACACACAACAUGGCUGACGCUCGCCCUGCUCUUCCACCAGGCUCUCCUCCUCUGUCUCUCUCCGUUUCUUAAUGUUUCAUCCGUACGUGCAUUUCUGUCUCUCCCCCCAUCCCUAAUCUCCUUCCCCACCCCUCCCCCUCCAAAAGGAGGAAAAGCAAUUCACCCUCCUUGCGCGCAUGGCGGGAUUUCAAGGAGAAAUAUAAUUGAAAAUACCACUUCAGCUAAACUUGGGACAAGCAAAUUCUCAUUUGAAUGGUGGAUUAACAAGUAGUAAUUUUAUCAUUCUAAGGCUAAGAGGAAAUUUUAAGAGUUGGAAAGAACUGGAUUUUCACCCUAGUCCAGCAGCUUUGCUGCUCACUUAAACACAGAUGAAUGAAGACCCCAUUCGGAAAGACACCAGGUCAGCGAUCCAGAGCUGAUGCAGGGCAUGCAGGAGUGUCUGCCAGCAUGAUGAAGAAGAGAACUUCUCACAAAAAGCAUCGAAACAACGUGGGACCUAGCAAACCCAUUUCUCAGCCCCGAAGAAAUAUUGUAGGGUGCAGAAUACAGCAUGGAUGGAAAGAAGGGAGUGGACCUGUAACACAAUGGAAGGGGACAGUUCUUGAUCAGGUUCCUGUAAAUCCUUCUCUUUACCUUAUUAAGUAUGAUGGAUUUGAUUGCGUCUAUGGACUAGAACUGCACAAAGAUGAAAGAGUGUCAGCUCUUGAAGUCCUUCCAGACAGAGUUGCUUCAUCUCGAAUCAGUGAUGCCCACCUGGCAGACACAAUGAUUGGCAAAGCUGUGGAACAUAUGUUUGAAACAGAGGAUGGAUCAAAAGAUGAGUGGAGGGGGAUGGUCUUGGCUCGAGCUCCUAUAAUGAACACGUGGUUUUAUAUUACUUAUGAGAAGGAUCCUGUCUUGUACAUGUAUCAGCUCUUAGAUGACUAUAAAGAAGGUGACCUCCGCAUUAUGCCUGAUUCCAAUGAUUCGCCUCCAGCAGAACGGGAACCAGGUGAAGUUGUGGACAGCCUGGUAGGCAAACAAGUGGAAUAUGCCAAAGAAGAUGGCUCUAAAAGGACUGGCAUGGUCAUUCAUCAAGUUGAAGCCAAACCUUCUGUCUAUUUCAUCAAGUUCGAUGAUGAUUUCCAUAUUUAUGUCUAUGAUUUGGUGAAAACAUCUUAAACAUCAUCGUGAACUUUUGCCAAACUCGUGGAACUAUUAAAUGUAAAAUUUGUAGACACAAAGACUUGACUGCUUUCCAGUUUAAUGAAAGCUUAAAUGUCCCUGCGAACCCACAAUCUCUGCCAACAAAACUGUUUUGUUCUGAAUAAUACAAACAAAUUUGUGUGAACAUGACACAUUUUGUGUAAGGGAACUCCUUUUCUUGAAGGAAGUCGCUAUAUUUUUGGGGAGAGGGAGUUAAAGUAAACAGCUGCAAAUUCAAGCUGUGUAAAGUUGAUCUAAUAUUGUAAUCAUUAAUCUAAAAAAUUUUUCAUAGCCUUUAACUUUUUCUUCAACCUCGCACUCACCUGUUCUACUGCCACAUGCAAGUGUAGUUUGAUAUUUUCGAUAUUGCCUUCUUAUGUAACAUUAAAUUUAAUUUCUUGGCUACUGGCAGUCCUUGUUUUCAGGGUUGGGGCUGAGAUGAUUUCAAAAAAUGUAAAUUGUUGGUUUGUGCAGUGUUAAGGAGUGCCUAACCCAAGUAACAUCAAUCUACUGUGUUUCUAUACCUUAUUUCAAAGUUGCUUUUUAAGAAUUAGCAGUACAUGGGAAUAUUUGUGCAUCUUCGUAGACACAAGACAGUACAACAUUAAGUGUUUGACUUGCACCUUUCAGUGAAAAGGCUUUAAGCUAUAAAAGGUUUAAUCAGCUAUAUAAACUGUUGAUUAGAAAAUGCAGCCCACAUUUACAAGUUGAGGGAACCAGUAAAACUACACAAAACAAGGCUGCCUUCUAUUCUAAAUGUUGUAUUUUUGUUAUACACACUUCUUAACAAACUCAAGUGCUCGGUGCCACAACAGUGAUAACAUUAUAUGUUACUUCAGAAAGAUCUUUAGACUACACAUUGGCAAUCAGUAGUCUCUCAUUUAAUAUCAAAAUUAGCAAUCUGGAUGUUUGUGUAUGGACUUAAAAGCCUAAUAGUUUAUCUGUUACAUGUAAAGGCAGAAACCUCAUGAAAGAACAGUCCUCUUACAUUAAAGACUUGUUUUAGAGAAGGAGAA